AUGUAUACCGUUACCAUUCUGUACCCCAACGAGGAUGGCAUCACGUUCGAUGAAGAUUACUAUCUCAGGACGCACAUGCCACUUGUUGAUCGCGUCUGGAAAAGCCAGGGCUUGACCAAUGCGCGCGUCGCCAGGUUUUCCGCUGACCUCGCCGGCCAGCGCCCUCAAUAUCUGAUCAUGGCUAUCCUCGAUUGGGAGAGUGAAGAUGCUAUGAAGGCUGCUACGCAGGGCCCCAGUGCCUCCGAGGUGUUUGCCGAUAUCCCUAAAUUCACCAAUGUGAAGCCUAUCACCCUCGCUGGCAGCCCUCGUCCUUGGUAA